AUACAGCGGCAGCAGUUGUACGCCUCGGGCCGAGAAACCUUUUGCGAUUCGAUUAAGUUCGAUUAAGCUGUUCGACGUCGUCGUCGUCGUAAGAUACCGAAAAAAUAUCAUAACAGCAUAACUGUCAUGUCGUUCAUUGUACACUUUAUCGCGUUCGUGUCAAUGACUUUCGUGGUGGUCACGUCUGAUCUGCAAUAUGCGGACACGUCGCUUGAGUGCCUGAACCAAAUAGACAUCGCGACGAGACCACACUCGGAGAGAAUAAAGUUCUUGCAGGAAAUGAUGGAGACAGACUACCUUUGGUGGCCAAUACUCAACGAGAGGGUGCGUGUUAAACAGAUAACAUACCACAACCAGUACAUGGAGUUCAAUGAGGAAACUAUGUACAAUGAGGUGUUGGCGUUGGAAAGUGUUUCUAAUUUGUUAGCAUCCAAGGCAUUCCCCGCCAGUGACGUAAAUUUUACAAUGGAGGUGAUAAAGACCGCAACGGUGUGUUCAGCGCUUAAGCAUAUCUCGUUUCAGGGACUAAUGCUCUUUCAACUACUACAUAAAGUAACUACGAUAGAACCCUUGGAGAAACUAUUAUUUGUUAUGUGGAUGGUGGACAUGGUCUAUGUGGUCAUUGACAAGUUGACAACGAUGAACGACACUGAACCACUGCUGCUACUUAACAGUAUGCGCGUGGGCCUUAUCCAUCUCCAUCGUUCAAUAUUGGAAAAAGUGCCAAAUUUGAAUUUCGAAUUCCUUCACAAAGUUGGAGAGGAAAUGUUCAAUGAAGUCACAAAAUUAUGCGUCAAAGAAGCCGAAAAAGAUGGCUAUUACAAGGCGUUAGUCACCAAUUUAAAUAGAACCAAAUGGGUCGACAGUCUAAAAACCCACCACGUACUAAUCACUGAAUACCUGAACGACUCCAACGAUAUGGCUGAAAUUGAUACAAUAAAAUUAUUUAAAGGGCCAAUCGAUAUCAACGUUAAUAUAGAUGUAAAUGGUAUCGCUAAACUAGAGGAAGGCGUUUUGAAAAGAGCUUAUGGUGCAAACUUUGUUCAAUCGAACUUUUUAUUUGAAAACUUGACCGUACAUACGUUAAUUAAAUCGCAGUGGAAAACUAUACUCAGAUCUGACAAACGUUAUAAGGUGCCUAAAAAUGAUGACUCUCUGAAGGACUCUCUGGAGGACUCUCCGGAGGACUCUCCUGAGGAUUCUCCCGAGGACUCAUAGUCCUCGUAAAACGGAACAGUUAUUAUUAUUGCAGUAUUUAAUUUUUAAUAUUUUAUGUUAUAUAAUAUUAUUUACUUUAGGUUUUAAGAUUUUGUAGUUGAAAAUACUUUAAAAUUAUUUAUAAGCACUUAAACUCAUACAUUUUUAGUAUAUAUUAUGUAAUAAAAUAUUUAUUUCAUAAUGUUUAUAAUUAAAUGUAUUCAAUUUUAAUAAAAUUAUAAAUACGAUUUUAACACUA